CAGCGGAAGCUGUUGCUUCGAUCUCUUGCUCUGUCCAAAGUGGCCCUUAUAAAUGCAUCAGGAAAAGGCCCUCGAUAAGGCCCAUUUUAUGGUUGCAGCUGAGAUGAAUUUCAGGUACUAAAAGUCUUCAAGCUAAGAAUCCUCUCAGUAGGAGUGUCUGUGCUGAAACUGAGUUCAUGAAGGGAGUAGUCUAUAAUUAGCACAUGAAAAGCUGUUUUGUUUUCGGAAUGUCUAAAAUGUUUUCCUAAAGGCCAGCGAGCUUCAAGGAAUGAGUGGGCAUAGUGAACCAGUAGUGUGUUGCAUCAGCUGGUGACUUUUGAAUCGAGGUAAAAGUGCAGCACCUUGGAGCAAUUCUGUGAGUACUGUUUCAUCAUGGCAGCUGCAAUGUUCACUCGUUUGACACGACUGGGAAAGGGGGAUGACUAUGAAGACUUGGAUGGAGGAGAUGACAACGUAGAAAUGGACAUCACUGACAUGUACCGGUCACUUGGCAAGAAUCCACCCUCUGGACCAGCUAAGGCAGAAGCCGGGAAAGAAGAUGGGAAUAAACUGAAGCAAAGGUCCGUGGAUAGUGGGCCACCUGCUACAACAGACGGUGCUGGUGAGACAUUCACAGUUCAGGAAGCCAUUGACCAGAUUGGGUUUGGCAAGUUCCAGGUCAAACUGUCUGUACUCACUGGGUUUGCAUGGAUGGCUGACGCUAUGGAGAUGAUGAUCCUGGCCAUUCUAUCACCGGCAUUGCACUGUGAGUGGAGACUGGAAGGAUGGCAGGAGGCUUUCAUCACUACGGUGGUCUUCUGUGGCAUGAUGUUCAGCUCCAGUCUGUGGGGCUCUAUAUGUGACAAGUACGGUAGGAAAACGGAGCUGAUCUUGUGUUCUCUCAUCACCUGCUACUUCGGCCUGCUCAGCUCCUUCGCGCCAAGCUUCAUCUGGAUGCUCAUCCUUCGGGGCCUGGUGGGGUUUGGGAUAGGUGGUGCACCACAGGCGGUGACGCUGUAUGCCGAGUUUCUUCCGACCAAGUCUCGAGCAACGUGUGUGACACUGGUGGAGACCUUCUGGGCCAUCGGCGCCUGCUUUGAGGUGCUCCUGGCCCUGGUUGUCAUGCCAACACUGGGCUGGCCCUACCUCUUAGCAUUCUCCGCUAUGCCCCUCCUGUUCUUUGCCAUCUUCUGUGUGUGGCUGCCGGAGAGCGCUCGCUAUGACAUGACGAGGGGUUGCUACGACAAGGCUCUUGAGACCUUGGAGCGGAUCGCCCGAGAGAAUGGCAAGCCCAUGCCUCUAGGCAGACUUGUGGAUCCCGCCGGGCCUGGGGUCAAGAGAGGACAGAUCAAGGAUCUGUUUAUUCCUGAGCUGAGGCUGACAACGGUGCUGCUGUGGAUAAUUUGGCUGGUGUGUGCCUUCUCCUACUACGGCAUUGUGCUCCUCACCACAGCUCUGUUUGAAAACCCUGAUGGUUGUCACGGAACGGAUGUUAAGUUCAACCCAAACCCGUCUUGCUUCCUGGAGUGUAAGACGCUCACCACUGCUGACUACAAGGAUCUCACUUGGACGACUUUUGCUGAAUUUCCAGGUCUGUUCAUCACGGCAUAUCUACUCAACAAGAUUGGCCGCAAGCUGACGAUGGCUGUGGAGUUUGUCAUCUUCACCAUCUUUGUCAUGCUUGUCAAUAUCUGCACCACUCGAGCUUUGUUGACGUUCUUCCUGUUUGUGGCGAGGGCGUUCAUCUCAGGUGCCUUCCAGGGCGCUUACGUGUACACACCAGAGGUGUACCCGACCUCCAUGCGCGCGCUGGGGCUGGGGACCUGCAGUGGGAUGGCCCGCGUUGGGGCCAUCGUCACUCCGUUUGUGGCCCAGGUUCUGCUGAAGGAGUCAGCCUACACAGCCAUCUCUAUCUACGGCAUUAUGUGUCUCAUUGCCACAGUGGCUUCCUUCUGCCUACCCAUUGAAACCAAGGGACUGGACAUGAAGGACAUGGGGUCGGAAGUUGCUAAACCGAAAAAGACUCCAAAAUAAUGGAACGGCAGUGUCGUUCAAGUGUGCGUGCCGGAGUUCUGCAUCGGCCCACACCCCACCAGCCACCACCCACCAAGAAUACUUUGUGUUUGUAGCAUAUCAAGUGAGCUGUUUCAUGUGCCGUCAAAACAAGAAUCUCGUCUGUUGUUCAUUGUGGAAGUUUUCGAAAAGUUCUUCUUUGGUUCUACCUUUUUGUGUUUAUGAAGGUUAAAGGUCCGUUAAGAUGUGAAAGAUUAGCUGUAUCCUUUGUGUUCCCUUGUGUGGCAAUCUACUGUAGUAUCUUAACCUUAUUUCAAAAUUUGAGAAUCUAGGACAGGGGUGUCAAACUCAAUUGCCCAGGGAGCCAAGCUCAUAUUACACUUAGGUUGUGGGCUGAUCUUGAUAAACACUCUUUGAGCAGUGGAAACCUGAACCUUUUUUAACAAUGAUAUGAAGUAAAGCAGACAAAAUUGUACUUUACUUUUACUUUACUUUUCCGAUCCAGCGGCCAUUUGGGUUCUAGCCCUUCGGUCUGGAGACAAAAUUUUAAAUAAUAACAAAUCAAGGCACACCAGUGUUCGCUGUAAUGCCGAUUUUGUCUCAGUGGGAGGUUUGGCAUCUUUUCUUGGCAACUAGUUCGUGUUAUUGCGAUUUUCAGCAUGACUACCUAUAAUUUUCUUGCGGGCCAAAUAUAAUUGUUCUCCGAACCAGAUGCAACCUACAGGCCUUGAGUUUGACACCUGUGAUCUAGGAAAUCUCCCCCAAUUUUUUUUUUACGAUCCUUUCAAAGAGCUCGAUUUAUUGAUUUAUUAAUAUACUUAAGGAGUUGUUGUCUGACAUCUCUGACUUUUGAGGAGCUAAGUGUCAAGCCAUCUCUUUCUAAAACAGGGUUUACAUAUGGCUGAGUAUGUUGGUCAUGGAAGUGGUGAAAAAUGUGUAACUUAACUUAUUUUUCUGGUGCAUAAAUUUUGUCCACUAAUUUUAUUGAAAAUGUUAUGUAAAUGUUUCUGCAUGUAUGCUUUGACAAAUAUUAUUUAUAUAAUAAUAUAUAACUUCCGGGCGUGUGAUACAUUAACUGUAAAGAUUUUAAAGCAUUCCUACUACAAUGUAUUUUUUAUGUAUUAUGCUUGUUUGUGUACAGAGGGUGUGACCAAAUUUACCUUUUCAUCUUCUAUUUCUUGUCUUGUAAUUUAACUCUUCUUAAUCUUAAGACAAAGUUCUUUAAACCUACGGCAUUACGCAAAGCUACGGUGCUGCCUUCUUGCAGCUUUGAUCAUUUCCAUUUUUUCCCGCCUGUACAGAGAUUUCUCUUUAAACAGAUUUUUCUUGACACAGGUCUGAGGUGAUGCAACCCAUGAAGAAGUGUUUUGUUCUUCUGUAUAAUAAUGACUGUGUGAGUGGGUAGAAGAGGAGUACAAGAAAGGGUCGUACGAGAAAACCUUGAAAUGAGACAGUCUGAAGGUUUAUAAAAGCUCGUUAAAAAAAUUUGUUUUAAGAAUCACUAAAUCAGAGGGUGUUCAUGAUGGGAACAAAUUUGAUGUAACCUCAUUGUGUUCAUAUUGUCAUCAUGUUUAACAUGCUAUUGUUGGGUUUUUUUCCGGCAAGUUCGAAUAUUUUAGUUACAAGAUUAUUUUUAUAUGGAGAUAGCAAGAUCAAUAAGAAUUUACUUGUCUUUUUCACUCUUAUCUUUGAUCCUCAUUUUGAAAACAGGGAUCCAACGACUCAUUGUUUUAUGUCAGAGUUAUGUUAGAUUGCAGCACAAUUGAAUGAUGUGAUCUUUCUUUCCUUAUGUCUAACAAGUACAUCACUUCUGACUCCACUGUUUGCUCUGUUUGACACCACUUUGUGAUGAAAAAGUCGUUGAAGCUGCAUGAGGCUGGAUCACUUGAGAGAUCACAGAAUAGUUCAGGGAUAUUCCACGGUAACUGACGGGACAGAAAAAAUACUGUAUGUGUCCCUUCAGUUACCAAAACUAAACACGUCACAGAAUUUGCAAAAACUAUUUUUAUUUUCAAAUGACUGCCUUUAAUAUGAUUCUUAAUAAUAUGUCUUUCAAGUGUUCUGAUCAUUUAAAGUUGAAAUAAAUUAUUUGGUAUAAUUUGAUUAGUGUUUUCAUUGUAAGAAAGUAUAGUCCAAAUGUGCAGUCAGUUACCGUGGAAUAGCCCUCAUAUGUAAAGCUUAAAAUCGACUUUAGAAAUGUUUAUUUCCUGCUAAAGCCUUUUUAAAAAAUGACAAAAAUGAAAUAUUUAUUCCUAGUGUCAUUUUUAAGGCUUUAAAUACAAGUAUUUUGUGAUUUCUCAUGUGUUGAAAAUGGUUAGUUUACUCUUCCUCUAAAGGUUGUGUUUUGUUGGGGGUUUUUUAAAGGAUUUUCCUUUACUCUUCUGUCUGAUAUAUACUUCUUUUUUUUUCCACCUGAGACUGAUAUUGUUCUAACAUUCAAAUGGAAAAACUUCAUCUUUUGAUUGCCCUUCACUACUUUGUUGUUAUUGAUCCAAAUGAAAAUAGUACUGUUUUAACCGCUCCCCACCCUUCCUGCCCGAGAAAAAAGUAUAUUUAUUGAUGUGAAUGCCUCAAGUUCUUCUUACUUAUUCUGUUGAAUUGACAUUUUAUAGUUCUAAGAUGUGACUUAUUUAUAUAUUGGAUUACUUCAUUCAUAAUCUUUAUUUUUAAAUUAUAAGUGCUAAUCUACUUGAGAGAGAUCUGGUGUACUUUAAAAGUAAACUUGAUUUAUGUGAUAUUCUCAUAGUUUUUUCUUUUUUACUGUCUAUGUAACACUACUUGAGAAAGAGAGUGAGAAAUGUUGAUUUCAACUUUAGAAAGUAAACUGAAUUAUAACAUUGUGGCUUAACUUUUCCUCUUCUGAAAUGUGAUAUUGCCUAAACGGUGAAACAGUGUAGCAGAGUGGUUUUUGCCAUAUUUUUCAGGGCUGCCAUUCUAGUCAUUUUUUCUGGAUCGUUCUGAAUGAAUCCGCUUUUAUUUUUGUCUCAGCAAUUGUGAUAUUGGGUUUGGAAUGAAUUAUUUAGCGGGUGUUUGGAGGGCACCACUGGUAGGUCCUACUUUUUUACUUUCCCUCUUUUGUUUCUGUCUGCCUGUCUUACUUAUUCCCUGCACCAAAUGGCUAUUAUUAUGUUGGUUUGCUUCUCUUUACUCAAACAAACAAAUGAAUUAUGGAGGGUUUUUUUAUUAAGGCUAUUGUCUUUGUCUCCUUUUGCGAUUGGACCAAUUUAUUUUGUUGUUUUUCCCGCCCCUUUUUGUAAAAAUGGUUGACAUCGAGCGUAUUGUGACAGAGCUUGUUUUACUUUCCUAGUGGUCAAAUGCUUGAACCACAUCAAUACAGGGUUUUGACAUUUGGUUCGCUAUUUAUUCAUUGUUUUUACAAUGGUCUUUAAUGACACAUCCUGAGAUACCAUGGCUUUUUUAAAAAUAUUAUUGCGCUUGUAGAUAUAUGUUUAUUUCAUGACCACAAUGCUCUUUGACGGGUGGGUUGUUUUGUUAAUUUUGCCGUGAUCAAGGAAGACUUUUUUUGUCAGGUAGACAGAGUUUACCUACCUACUUAACUGGAGUGAUUGUCAACCUUAAGUAGUUUCCAGCAGCACUUUCAUUUCCAUUUGUGAACUGGCCUUUGACCUUGAAGGUGACUCAUGAUGACUGGCUUGUUUCUCUUUAUUGCUGAAAUGAAGAAAGUGGGUGGUUGGAGGGAGUCAUUGAUAAGUCCUUUUUGUUUUAUUUUUUGUCUCUGUUGCAGUUUAUGUCUGUCUGUCUUACUUUUUCCUGGCACGAAAUGAAAGACAAAUAUCUCUCCAGGAAGCAGAGAUUGCUUUGGAAUGAGUAGCAUUUGUCAAGGUAGUUAAUAAAUUGUAAAGGACAUAAUGUCAACUUUCAAGUCUGGAUACAUGCCAUUUAGAUACAAUCUAUUAAAUUAUGAUUAUUGUUAUUAUUACUUUACUGUUUACUUUUUCAUCCUCUGUUGUCUAGGGCGUGCAGUUUUCUAUGGUAGGCCAACUCUUUUGUAUAUUGGCAUCAACUAAAGCCUGAACUGAUGAUCUCCUAGUGUGCUAGUCAUUGUAAAUUUUUUAUGUUUUAGGUGAAGACUUUAUAUAUACAGGGUUGUCAGACUUUAUACAGAGUCCAGAGACUUUAUACUACAGGGUCCAUAGACUUUAUACUACAGGGUCCAUAGACUUUAUACAGGAUCCAGAGACUUUAUGUGGGGUGCAUAAACUUUAUAUAAAGGUCCAAUUUGAAGGGAGAGGGAUAACGUUGAUAAGUUGUACAAGUCACUAAGAUGCAAUGUUGCUGGCGGAGAAUAUGGCCAACAUGUCUUGUAAAAAUCACAGUUUAUGGAAAUAUGUGUUGUUGUUCUUGCUGUUAGCUGAAGGUUUUAACUUAUUUUCUUGAUUUUGAAGGAAGUUUUAUUUUCUGUUGUCUUUUUGUGUCUGCUGUUGUGUUUUACUGUUGUAUGAUAAAUUUAGAAACCAGUGCAAGGGACCUGGUGUUUGUGGCAUGAUGGGUAGGCUCUGGAUCUUACAUACAAAGGAUGUUCUUUGAAUAUCACGUAAGGAAGAGGCUUUAUGGAGUGUCUUUGUCUUUACUUUCUGCUGGAAUGUGUCACGUGCAGACCAGGUUUGCUGUAGUAGCAAUCAUGGUUGAGGCCACCAGCCGACAGUGCUUUCUCAAUUGCGUUGAUUGGCGUGUGAAAUGUUAACUUCAAAGUCGUUGAAUCUGCGGUCAGCUGAGGCUUUUUUCCCUUUAAGAAAACUUUUAACUGACAUACACUUGUUCCCUCGCUCAAGGAAUUCAACUCAACCUUUGUGUGUUCGGUGAAACUCAUUUUCUAUUUGUUGCAACCAGUGAGGGUGUUUUUUCCCCAGGAUUUUACCUGCAAAACCUCAGUUUCUCUCCCUAAUUCUUGAUCUGAAAAGUUGAUACUAUUUUUAGUGUUCUUGUCUGUUUGGAUUAUGUAAUGACAUAUAUGCAUGGUCUCAUAUUUGAUUUUCAAGUGAAUGUUACUGUUUGUACAUUUUUUUACCUUGUAUAAGUGUGAGUUUGUAACUAAUUAGCGUAGAUUUAUCAUGUACAGUGAGAUUACAUUUUAUUUUUUUGCUGGUUUUCUUUUCAUAACCAGGUCUAAACUGUCUUCAGGGGAUUAAUAUUGUUAUAACAUUUAUAUAUAAGAGACGUUCAUGAAAUUGAAAAAGUUUUGAUAUUAUUGUUGUUAUUGUGCGGUUCAAAUGAUUUCAAUUAUUUCAUAUCAUUUCCUUUUUUAGGAAAAACAAGUAAGGUUCUUACUGAUUUUUUUCAUGUUUGUCUUUAUUUUCCGAUUUAGCUUCCUCAUGUUUUCAUUGAUGGCUAGGUUGUUUGUGUUUGAUGUAUUUUACAUGUAUGAAAAGCUCUGCAAUGAUCAAAGAAGCAUGCCGUCUGCCAGUUGUUAAAAUGUGCUACGCCUAAAGUUAACAAUUUUUUUUUAUUGCAGUUUCUUAAUCUGUGGUAUCGGUAGUAUAUGCUCACGAAAUAUUUUGCGGAAAUUCAAAUUCUAUAUGUUAAAAAGGCAAGAAAAAAUACUUAACAGGUACAA